GCUGACAAUCACAAACAAAAAGGCAAUAGUGAGAGAGAGAGAAACUCGUAAACCGUGAAUUUUUCCAAAGGAACAAAUUUUGAUUGAGGUCAGCUCUGUGUGCGUCUUUCUUUGGGAAAAAGCUCACUGAUUUGAUUAUAAAACCACAGCUUCCUCGCUGUGCUCCUUCUGGGUUCGCCAUAUGGACAAUGUGUGGAAACUUUUUUGCCCCAAUUUUCAAAACCCAGAUUUCACAUUUCACAUUGUUUCUCGGGACUCUAACCCCAGAUUUCUCUCAGCAGAAGACAACCCCACAAAAUAAGGCGUUUCUGGAGCUAAGCUAGCUACUGGGAACAAAUCCAUUUGUUUAUUUGUUUCUCUCUUCUUCGGUUUCAGCUUUCAAGCUUCUUCUUCUUCUCUUGGGAUCUGCUUCUCACGUGAUUUGGGCAUAUGGGUUUCAAGUUUCUUCGUUUUCGAAUACCUCUGUUCUCUUAAAUUGCUGCUUUCUUUUUUCUGGUGUGAGCUGCUGAAGGAUCUUUCGGGUUGAAGUUCAAUUCUGGGUUUCGUCCAUUACUGUUAUCGGGGAACGGUAUGAUAUCAACUAGGGAUUGGUGAUUUCAGCUUUAUUUUAAUUGGAACUUUUCUCCUUUUGCUUCUUUUGCAAGUUGCCCAACUUGGGAUUCUCCUCCUCAUAUCAGAGAGUUUGCAAGAUUUCUUUAUUUGGAUUGAUUCCUCUCAUCUCUGAAAAGCCUAGUGUGGCAAAAUCACAGAAAAUGAGUCUUGACUAGGUCUGCAGUGGGCUCUGCUUUUGAUUUCAACAUGAGAUUCUCAGAGGUGAUGGUGCUAAAUCUAGUCAAAAUGACCUUUCAAACAUGGAUAAUCUUGACUUGCUUGCUUUCUUUUUCCUUGGGUCUGAAACCGCCUAAUCAAAUCGUCUGUGAUCCAAAAGAUUUGUUGGCGUUGAGGGGCUUUGUGAAAGGCCUUACAAAUAGCUCUAUUCUCUCUGUUUGGUUGAAUGAAUCCAGCUGCUGCAGUUGGGAUGGUGUCGAUUGUGGAUUUUAUGGCAACACCUCUCUCACUGACAGAGUGACCAAGUUGGUACUGCCUAACAUGAAUCUGAAAGGGAAGAUUUCACAAUCGCUUGCUGGUUUAGAUCAGUUAAUUUGGUUAAAUCUGUCGUACAAUCAGCUUGAAGGAGGAUUGCCAACAGAAUUCUCAAGCUUGAAGCAGCUCCAGGUUCUCGAUUUGAGCUACAAUAAGCUAUCAGGACCAGUCACCAAUGCAACUUCAGGGUUGAAAUCUGUCCGUAUUCUGAAUAUUUCCAGCAAUUCAUUCGCUGGGGAUUUUCCCCAGCUUAUGGGAUUUCAAAAUAUAGCUGCCUUCAAUAUAAGUAACAAUUCUUUCACAGGCGAGGUUUCUUCACAGAUUUGCAAUUCCUCCAAUGUGAUUCAGGUUGUCGAUAUAUCACUGAACCGAAUAUCCGGUGUUCUUCAAGAUAUGGAGAAUUGCAGCAAAUCCCUCAAACAUUUCCGUGCAGACUACAACUUACUUACCGGAAAUCUUCCAGAUUCUUUGUAUUCAUUAUCGUCUUUGGAGUACUUCUCGAUCCCUGGGAACAGCUUAUUUGGCCAAUUAAGCAUGGAACUGAGUAAGCUUUCUAGGCUUAAAUCCUUUAUAAUAUUUGGAAACAAGUUUUCUGGUGAACUUCCAAAUGUGUUUGGUAAUUUUUCAGAAUUACAGGAGUUAGUUGGACAUUCUAACUUGUUCUCUGGAAUAUUGCCUUCAUCUCUGUCAUUAUGCUCAAAACUCCGAGUGUUUGAUCUUAGGAACAAUACUUUAACUGGUACUAUCGAUCUCAAUUUUUCUAGAUUACCAGAUCUCCAGAUGCUUGAUCUAGCCUCUAAUCACUUUUCUGGGGCUCUACCAAAUUCUCUAUCCGAUUGCCAUGAACUGAAAACUCUCAGCCUUGCCAAAAACAACUUAACCGGUCAAAUUCCUCGAGAUUACUCGAAGCUUUCCUCUCUGACAUUUCUAUCUUUGUCGAACAACAGUAUUGUAAACUUGGGCGGUGCAUUAUCUGUUCUACAGAAUUGCAAAAACCUGACCAUUCUUAUUCUUACAAAGAACUUCCGUAAUGAGGAAAUUCCACAAACUGCAACUGUUUUCAAUAAUUUAACGCUUUUGGCAUUUGGUUAUUGUGGUCUGAAAGGACCAAUUCCUGGUUGGUUACAAGGUUGCAAGAAAUUAAGUAUCCUCGAUUUGUCUUGGAAUCACUUAAAUGGCAGUAUCCCUCCUUGGAUUGGUCAGCUGGAGAAUUUGUUUUAUUUGGAUUUAUCCAACAAUUCUCUGACAGGAGAAAUCCCAAAAAGUUUGACACGGAUGAAAGCACUAAUUUCCAAAAACUGCAGCUCUUCCAGUUCAACAUCAUCCGCUGGAAUCCCCCUUUUUGUCAAAAGAAAUCAAAGUUCUACUGGUUUGCAAUACAACCAGGCGUCAAGCUUUCCACCAUCGAUUUACUUGAGCUACAACAGAAUAAAUGGAACUAUUUUACCAGAAAUUGGAAGAUUGAAAUGGUUGCAUGUCUUGGAUUUGAGUCGAAAUGAUAUUACUGGGUCCAUCCCGAGCACUAUAUCAGAGAUGGAGAACUUGGAAACAUUAGAUUUGUCAAAUAAUGAUCUUUAUGGACGAAUUCCUCCAUCAUUCGACAAGCUCACAUUCCUGUCAAAGUUUAGUGUGGCAAAUAAUCACUUGGAGGGACCAAUUCCAAAUGGAGGACAAUUCUUAAGCUUUCCCACCUCAAGUUUUGAGGGCAAUGCAGGACUUUGCGGGGAAAUUGAUGACCCUUGUCACUCUGUUAAUGGAUUAGGAACAAAACCCGAAACCUCCACUGGUUCAAAGAGAAAAAUUGGUAAAAGCGUCAUUCUUUGCCUUACAGUCGGUGCAGCUGCAGCAGUCCUCCUGCUCCUUACAGUGGUUCUACUCAAAAUGUCCAGGAAAGACGUUCGAGAUCAAAAUAACAGUUUCGAUGAGGAGUUUAACACACGCGACAGGUUAUCUGGAGCUCUCGGAUCAUCAAAGUUGGUGCUCUUUCAAAAUUCAGAAUGCAGGGAUCUUACGGUAUCAGAGUUGUUAAAAGCUACUAGCAAUUUCAACCAGGCAAACAUAAUCGGUUGUGGUGGAUUUGGCCUGGUUUACAAAGCCAACCUUCCCAAUGGUUCAAAAGCUGCAGUCAAGAGGCUUACAGGAGAUUGUGGUCAGAUGGAGCGGGAAUUCCAAGCUGAAGUAGAAGCUCUUUCUCGAGCGCAGCAUAAGAACCUUGUUUCACUGCAAGGUUACUGCAAACAUGGAAAUGACAGGCUACUAAUCUACUCCUACAUGGAGAAUGGAAGCUUGGACUACUGGCUCCAUGAGAUUGUUGACAAUGAGUCGAUACUAAAAUGGGAAGCAAGACUCAAAAUCGCACAAGGUGCUGCUCAUGGAUUGGCUUACCUGCACAAGGAAUGUCAGCCAAACAUAAUUCACCGAGACGUAAAAUCAAGCAACAUACUUCUAGAUGACAGAUUCGAGGCUCAUUUAGCUGAUUUUGGUCUUUCGAGAUUACUCCGGCCAUAUGAUACCCACGUUACCACGGACUUGGUUGGGACUUUGGGUUAUAUUCCUCCUGAAUACAGCCAAACAUUAACUGCAACAUGCAGGGGUGAUGUGUACAGUUUUGGAGUUGUUCUUCUUGAGCUCCUUACUGGUCGGAGGCCAGUAGAGGUAUGCAAAGGAAAAGCCUGCAGGGAUCUAGUGUCUUGGGUGAUUCAGAAGAAAUCAGAAAAGAGAGAAGAGGAGAUUGUUGAUCCUGCAAUUUGGGAUACAAAUAGCAAAAAACAGAUUUUAGAGGUUCUAAGUAUUACUUGUAAAUGCAUAGACCAAGAUCCAAGGAAGAGACCUUCGAUUGAAGAAGUUUCUUCUUGGCUAGAUGGUGUUACAAUGUAGGUUUCUCAUACUAAACAAUUGGUUUGCAUUUCAUCCCUCCACAUCUGAUAUUUGGAUAAUGUAAAGCAACACCGUUGUAAUCAAUCCUACCAGGCUGGGGGAAUGAGGGUACAAAGGAAGGAGAAUGUUCAUAACUUAGUGACCUUUUUUCUUUUUUCGGAGUGGGGUUGUAUACUUGUAGCUGUAAUUGAUACCAAAAAAACUUCUUGUAAUAUGUUUUACUGUUUAGAAUGGGCAUGCUUAGAGUGCCUUCCAAUCCA